UACCAUUCAUUUUUCUAGUAACUAAAGAAGACUUUGGUGCAGAGGAAGAAGACUUUGUGAGGGAGCAAAAACAACAAUGGCUGAUCCUGUAAUUGGUGCAACUGUUCAAGUUGUGCUUGAAAAGUUGCUUUCUCUCACUAUUGAGGAGUUCAAAAGUUUAAGGAACUGCAAGAAAGAUCUCGAAAUGCUGACAAAAUAUGUAUCCUUGAUCCAAGCUUUCAUUCAUGAUGCUGAAAGACGACAAGUCGAAGAUCAGGCUGUGGAAAAAUGGCUCAAGAUGCUUGAGAGAGUUGCUGAAAAUGCUGAUAAGGUGUUUGACGAAUUCAGGUAUGAAUCUCUCAAAAGACAAGUGAAGAUCCGAAACAACCCAAUGAAAAAGGUCAGUGAUUUCUUUUCUCAUACAGAUUUUAAGAGAAGAAUGUCUCGAAAAAUCAACAACAUCAAUGAGGAGUUGAGAGCUAUCAAUAAGUUAGCCAAUGACCUUGGUCUCCAAUCACUGAUGGUUCCUCCUCGGCAAAUACUACCAAUUCGAGAAACAGAUUCUGUAGUAGUUGCUUCCGAUGUUGUUGGUAGAGACAAAGAUGUUGCUGAAAUAAAGGAGAAGAUUUUGAACAUGAGAAAGGAUGCUGUUCUGUGCACCAUUCCCAUAGUCGGUAUGGGGGGUUUAGGGAAAACUACUCUGGCUAAGAGGAUUUUCAAUGACCAACACAUCGAGAAACACUUUGAAAAGAGAAUUUGGUUGUGUCUACCUGAAAUGUCUGAAAUUAAGAGCUUUCUUGAACUGAUCCUCGAAUCAUUGACAGAGAGGAAAGUUGAGGUCCAGAGCAGAGAUAUAAUAGUCAAGAAGCUCCGAGAUGCAUUGGGAGAAAAACAGUAUUUCCUUGUCCUGGAUGAUUUGUGGCGUGUUGACUAUACUUUGUGGCACGAGUUCUUGGACACCUUGAGGGGAAUAAAUACAUCCAGAGGAAACUGCAUUCUCGUGACUACUCGUUCAAAGCAGGUGGCAUCCAUAGUAGCAGCAGAUCUUCAUAAGUUGGGGAAAUUAACUGAUGAUCAGUGUUGGUCCAUUUUCAAACAACGAGCAUUUGUUGAUGGGGAAGUUCCGGAGGAAAUACUGAGUGUGGAGAACAAGAUUGUUGAAAUGUGUCAAGGUCUGCCGUUGGCUGCAAGUGUGUUGGGAGGCCUAUUACACAACAAGGAAAAACAUGAAUGGCAAGCAAUUCUUGAUGGCAACCCCCUUGUUGCAGGUGAAGAUGAUAAUGGAGAAAAUAGCAUAAAGAAAAUCCUAAAACUCAGCUAUGUUUAUCUACCAUCUCCACAACUGAAAAAAUGCUUUGCUUACUUUGCAAUGUUUCCAAAAGAUUUUGAGUUUGAAAAGGACCAACUUAUCCAACUAUGGAUGGCAGAAGGCUUUCUCCGUCCAUGUCAAGAGACCACUGUGAUGGAAGACGUUGGGCACAAGUUUUUUCAAAUCUUGUUGCAAAAUUCCUUGCUGCAAGAUGUUAAGCUAGAUGAGCUUAACAAUAUAACACACUGUAAGAUGCACGAUCUUGUGCAUGAUUUGGCCGGAGAUAUCUUAAAAUCUAAACUAUUUGAUCUGAAGGGUGAUGAUGAAGAAAAACUUUCUCAAGUUCGAUACUUUGGAUGGGAGUCACCAAGGGAUAAAAUAGAUAAGAUAAAUGAACCAGAACGUUUGUGCACACUGUUUUGGAGAAGCAAUUAUAUCUCGGAAGAUAUGUUGUUGAGCUUCAAGUUCUUGAAAGUUUUAAAUUUGUCCAGUUCAGGAAUCAAGGAGUUGUCAGCCAAAAUCGGGAAGCUAAUAUACUUGAGAUAUCUCGAUCUCUCGAACACUAAGAUCAUAACCUUGCCCGACUCCAUUUGCGAGCUCUAUAAUUUGCAAACAUUUAGAGUCAAUAACUGCUAUUCACUCAAGGAACUUCCAUAUGAGAUGGGAAAUAUGAUAAGUUUGAGACACAUAUAUUACUACCCAUCUCAGAUGCCACUUAACAUGGGACAGUUGACUUGUCUUCAGACCCUACAGUAUUUCAAUGUGGGUUUAGAGAAAGGUCGUCGAAUAGAAGAAUUAGGUGGUUUGAAGAACCUUAGAGGUGAAUUAAAGAUCAAUGGUCUCCAAUUGGUUCGUAAUAGAGAAGAAGCUCGAACGGCAUAUCUACGGGAGAAAUUUAAUAUUUACAAGCUGGUAUAUCUAUGGUCCCAUGACGAAUCAGAAGGAUGUGAGAUCAAUGAUGAGCAUGUGUUGGAUGGUCUUCAACCGCAUCCUGAAUUGAAAAUAUUUCAGGUGAAGAACUAUUUGGGUACUAGAUUUCCUUCAUGGUUCGGUGAAGAAUCGCUACCAAAUUUGGUCAAGUUGAAUUUAAUUGGUUGCAAAAUGUGCAAAGAAAUUCCAUCUCUUGGCCAACUGAAAUUCCUUCGGAGUCUUGCAUUGAUAGGGUUCCAUGAUGUGGAAUGCAUUGGAACUACAUUUUAUGGUAUUGGGGUUAACAACAAGGGAUCAAGCAGCAAUAAUGUCAAUAUCCAAGUGUUCCCAUCCUUAAAAGAACUUGUAUUGCAGGAUUUGCGUAGCCUUACUGAGUGGAAGGGAGUGGAAUUGAUACCAACAAGUGGGGUAAGAAUGUUUCCUGGGCUUGAGAAGUUGAGCAUUAGUUUCUGUCCAUUGUUAAAAAGUACUCCGAAUCAAUUUGAAAUCCUACGUGAAUUAGAGAUUGUCCUAGUUGACAGUGAAAUGCCACUGUUGAACUUGUGCAGCAACUUGACAUCUCUCAUAAAACUCACUGUCCAUUCUGUGAAAGAGCUCACUUGUCUUCCUGAUGAGAUGCUACGCAACAACGUUUCUCUUCAACACCUUUUGGUCUCAGGCUGCAGUGAGUUUCGUGAAUUGCCACUGAGCUUGUACGAUCUCCAUUCUCUUAGGAGCUUAAGGAUUGUGCACUGCACCAAUUUCAGUUCUUUUCCUGUUCCCAGUGGAGAGAAUUAUUUGACUUCCCUCCAAUGUCUUCAGUUAUGGGAUUGUGAUGGAUUGAGCAGAUUACCAAGUGGAAUGCUAGAGCAUUGUCGGUCUCUGGAAUCUUUGACGGUCAGCUGCUGUGAUAAUUUAGUUUCAUUUCCUUUACAUGUGGGGGAAAUGCCUUCACUUUCCAAUUUGGAUAUAUCAGAAUGUCCCAAAUUAAUUAGUGUACCCUCAGGGGGCCUUCACCGUCUCACCCGGUUAAGGAUAUUGGAUAUUGGUCCUUUCUCAGAGAUGGUGGAUUUUGAUGCAUUCCAAUUGAUUUUUAAUGGCAUUCAGCAGCUGUUGUCCCUUCGUACAUUGAGGGUGUAUGGACAUGGUCACUGGGAUUCUCUGCCCUAUCAGUUUAUGCAACUCUCUGACUUAACAGAGAUCCAAAUAUAUGGAUUCGGAAUCGAGGCUCUUCCUCAUAGAUUUGACAACCUUACUUCUCUUGAAACAUUAACGCUAAUGAGGUGCAAACGAAUACAGAACCUGGACUUCUCAUAUGUCAUGCCCAAAUUACAAUAUCUGUGUGUAGAUGAAUGUCCAUUGUUAGAAGCUCUGUUGGAUGGGCUUGGCAACAUUGUUUCUUUGCAACAGUUAAGUUUAGAAAACUGUGAGAAACUAGAGCAUCUGCCAUCCAGAGAUGCCAUGCGACGCCUCACCAAAUUAUGGAAACUGGAAAUUAAAGGCUGCCCACAGUUAGAAGAAAGUUGCACCAAUCGGAGUGGCCCAAACUCCCAGUGGUCCAACAUUUCGCAUAUUGAAAAAAUUGAAGUUGGGGGAAGCAUAAUUCAGGACUUGCUUCCAAGGUUUUUCUAGAACGUCAUUGUGGCAUUUCAAGUCAAAAUCCAUGGGUGGCAAUUACGUUAGGGUUGGUUAUGUUCGACGGAGGAACAAACACGUUUGCUUUGUUGAUGAACAGAAUCUUCAGCCGUAGACUCUUUCACGAGCAUUUGAAGCGUAAACUCAAUAUCAGCUCAGGUACAAAAUGUAUAUCCCGGCUGACACACGAUUCUUAGAUGCAAGACUGAUUUCAUUUUGGAGACUCUGGUUGCACAAAGCUAGAAAAUUCAAGAUUCUUGGAUGAAACAAUGGCAUGAAACUUGUCAAGAUGGUAUACUGGAGCAGACUUCUCUUAGAUGUGUUUACAUUCCGCGGAAACUGGAGAGGAGAUAUUGUUUACUUGCAUGACUAAGAUUUGACAGCUGAGGCCUUUCUUGCACAGUGUUCAUGCCUUUUUGUACAAAGAGUUUUUUGUUUCCAGCAAACAUUUUGAACUUAAUACUUAGCUGCUGCAUCUUUGCCUAGUUCAUAUACUGCUUCUUUAA